AUGACACAUCAAAUUAUCAUUUUUGCAGCCUUUCUUUUGGCGUUGCCCUUCUGUCAAGCAGGCUUCAAUCCACAUUCAUCUAGUAAUGUAGCAGUCUAUUGGGGUUUGUACUCUUACUCUUCCCAAUAUACAGCUAUUAACUGAGCCAAAGGCCAGAACUCAUAUGGACAAGCUACUGGCUCUCCCCUAAGUCAACAGAGACUGUCAUACUACUGUGCUAGUGAGCCAACUCCUUCGACCUCCUCCUCAGAUAUGCCGCUGACAACCAACAGAUAGUCAGAUCAAUGUUCGUUAUUUUUAAAUGAGGAGCUGUAUUGUCAUUAACGUUCGUUUAUAGAUAAUCCCCCUUGCUUUCCUCAUUACUCUCAGAACACCAAGUGCAAACUUUGCCAACGCCGGAGAUCUCUGCACUCCAAUAGCUGGCUCAUCCCUCUUCUACUGCCCGCAAAUUGAGUAAGUGGCAGAUUCCCAAUUCUGCAAGCUACAAACAACUGAUAUUCUACUUCUUCAGGGAGGACAUAAAAACUUGCCAGCAGACGUACGGAAAAACCAUUCUCUUAUCUGUAGGUGGUGCCACAUAUACGGAGGGAGGCUUUACAUCUAGCACCCAAGCAAUUAAUGCAGCGAGCAAUAUCUGGUCCAUAUUUGGCCCUGCGGUUUCCGGCAGUUCGGUACCAAGGCCUUUUGGAAGCGCAGUGAUCGAUGGGUUCGAUUUCGAUUUUGAAGCUGUUGCUGCAAAUUUGGUGCCGUUCGCGAACCGACUUCGAAGUCUUAUGGAUGCGGCUGGUGGAAAAUCUUAUUAUCUGACAGCUGCUCCGCAAUGCCCAUACCCAGAUGCGGCAGACGGCGAGCUUCUUGCUGGUGCGGUCUAUUUCGAUGCCAUAUUUGUCCAAUUCUACAACAAUUACUGCGGUAUCUCGUCGUAUGUUCCCGGUGCAGCUUCACAGUUUAAUUUCAACUUCGAUACCUGGGAUAACUGGGCAAAGACUGUCUCCUUGAACAGAAAUGUGAAGGUCUUUUUGGGUAUCCCAGCUGCUGUUGGUGCAGGAGCUGGAUAUAUUUCCGGGAGUGCUUUGGCGUCUGUCAUCGCGUAUUCCAAGACUUUUAGCAGUUUUGGAGGAGUGAUGAUCUGGGAUGCUUCUCAAGCAUAUUCUAACGCGGGGUUCUUGAAUGGAGUCAGCGGUUAUCUGGGACUUCCUGCAAAUCCAAGUCCUGGUCCUGGAACGACUUUGACGACGAGUACCACGAGGCGUACCACUACAACCACGACUUCUAGUCCUGCUCCCACAGGCGGUGUCCUUCAGUGGGGUCAAUGCGGAGGUAUGGGAUAUACUGGUCCAACGGUAUGCCAGUCGCCAUAUACCUGUGUUGCAAAUGGUGUUUGGUGGUCGCAAUGUGAAUAG